AUGAACGUUCAACCUCAAAGGAACAGAAAUGAGAUGGGAAUAUAUGCCAGAUUUGGAAGUGUAGCACGUCCAAGAGAACCAAAGUUUGAAGAUAAUGGUUAUGGUAGCGUGAAGUCACUGGUUGAGUGGUUGAACAAUUUGUUUCCCUAUUUGGAUUUACCGCCAGAGGCAACCGAGGAGGAGCUGAGAGACUGUUUGAUUGAUGGCACUGUCUUGUGCAGCAUCCUGAACAAACUAAGACCUGGUUUGAUUGACAUGAGAACCAGUUUCAGGCCUGGGGCAGACUAUCUCAAGAGGUUUCUGGAUGCAAUGGACGAAAUGGGACUUCUUAGGUUUGUACUUGAAGACAUACAACAGGGUUACAUGUUGCCUGUACUGCAGUGCCUUGGGACACUUAAGGAGCAUUUAAAAAAUUCAGAUAUUCAUUCAAGAAGAAGAGGGGAUGUACAUGAGGUGGAGCUUUCAAACAGAGCUGAUCAUUCUCAACGUGGUUCAUCAUUUAACUCGGAUAACUUAGCUGUCAAUGGUGAAGACAAGCAUAAGAAUCCCAGUAAUGACACAGAUCAACAUGGUCAUUUGACUUCUGUUUCAUCAGAGCCAUCUCCUUCUCUGGUACCUGAUGGCGGAAACAAAUUCUCUGAGGUGUUGAAGCAAGGUUUAUCUGGUGAGCUUUCGGAUGAUAACAUUACAAAGCUGAUAAGUUCAAGUAGCGUGGAUAAUGAAUCAACCCACAUGUUGUUCAGUUUUCUGAACCAGAUACUUGAUGAAACCAUUGACAAAAAAGACGGGCAUGCUUAUCAUAUGGCAAGGAUGUUGAAGCAAGUCGUGCAAAUUAUUGAACAAAGAGUGUCUGCUCAAGCUGAGAACUUGAAAGAUCACAACAAUCUUUGUAGGGUUCGCUCUGAAAAGUACCAGUCUAGAAUAAAAGUAUUAGAGACCCUUGCUUCAGGGAGCACCGAAGAAAUUGAGGUUUUGCUUUCACACCUAAAACAGAUAAAGAUGGAGAAAACUGAAAUAGAAGAGAAGGAAAGGCUGAAAAGCCGAGAUCUGGCUACUUUGAAUGAAGAAAAAAAUUCAUUAGAGAUCGAGAAUUUUGCAUUGGAACGCGAACUGGAGACACUGAAGAGGACACAUGAAGACCAUUGUUUGCAGAUAGAAACCCAAGCUAAGGAAAUAAAUCAAGCAUUGGAAAAGAAGGCACGUGAUCUUGAGCGCUAUUUAAUGGAGUCAAAGAAGAGGGUGAAACAGCUCGAGUCCUUUUCAGAAUCUAAAUCAGAGGGAUGGAAGAAGAAAGAAGAGACCUUCAGACUUUUCCUCAACAAUCAUCAGAGAGCUUUGCAGGAACUGAAAAUAGCUUAUGCCUCUGUCAAACAAGAAGUGAGGAUGACAAAGAGGAGAUAUGCAGAGCAGUUCUAUGGCUUGGGUAUGGAGCUUGAAGGAGUAGUGCAUGCUGCUGACAAUUAUCAUUCUGUUCUUGCGGAAAAUCGAAAAUUAUACAAUGAAGUGCAGGACUUGAAAGGAAACAUAAGAGUUUAUUGUAGGGUAAGGCCGUUUCUUCCAGGGCAAUGUAAGAAUCUAACAACCGUAGAGUAUAUUGGUGAAAAUGGUGAAUUACUUGUCUCAAAUCCGACAAAGCCAGGGAAAGAUACCCAUAGGAUGUUCAAAUUUAACAAGGUUUUUGGUCAAGCUGCAAGUCAAGAGGAAGUGUUCUUGGAUACUCGGCCAUUAAUUAGAACAGUUCUUGAUGGAUUCAAUGUGUGUAUUUUUGCUUAUGGUCAAACUGGAUCAGGGAAGACAUAUACAAUGAGCGGUCCUAAUAUGUCAUCUAAAGAAGAAGAUUGGGGAGUCAAUUAUCGAGCAUUACGUGAUCUUUUUCAUAUUGCUCAAAGUAGGAAAGGCUCUAUGACAUAUGAGAUUGGUGUUCAAAUGGUGGAGAUAUAUAAUGAACAAGUCCGUGACCUUCUCACGUGCCAUGGUUCUCAUAGAAGAUAUCCUUUUUUCACAACCCAACCAAAUGGGUUAGCAGUUCCUGAUGCCAGCAUGCAUCAAGUAACCUCGACCGAAGAUGUCUUGGAGUUGAUGAAUAUCGGGUUCAUGAACCGUGCUGUUGGUGCCACUGCCUUGAAUGAAAGAAGUAGCAGAUCACACAGCAUACUCACUAUCCAUGUCCGUGGCGUGGAUUUGGAGUCUGGCACAAUCUUGCGAGGGAAUCUACACUUGGUAGAUCUUGCUGGCAGUGAAAGGGUUGAUCGGUCUGAAGUAACUGGAGAGAGACUUAGGGAGGCACAACACAUAAACAAGUCCCUCUCUGCACUUGGGGAUGUCAUAUUUGCCCUUGCACAAAAAAGUCAACAUGUCCCAUAUAGAAACAGCAAACUUACUCAAGUUCUUCAGAGUUCUCUAGGUGGUCAAGCCAAGACCCUUAUGUUUGUGCAGCUGAAUCCCGAUCUUGAUUCAUAUUCCGAAACUUUGAGCACGUUGAAGUUUGCUGAGAGAGUUUCUGGAGUCGAGUUGGGGGCUGCAAGGAGCAACAAGGAGGGAAGAGACAUUAGAGAACUUGCAGAUCAGGUUGCGUCGCUAAAAGAAACCGUUGCAAAGAAAGACGAAGUGAUUGAGAAAUUGCAGCAGCUCAAGAUUAACACCAAUGGCCCAAAGUCUGUCCGUUUUGAUUCCUCUCCAAGAAGAUUCUCAGUUGGAGGAAAUAUUCGGCUCAGUCCCAAGUCACCGGGAAGGAAAACCUCACCACUGUCUGAUAGGGAAAUCGACAUAUACUCCGAGUUUGGUGAAAAGCUUUCUGAUGUGCGAUCACUGCCGCCUUCAAUAGAUGAGUUAAAACAUGGACAUAGGGGACCUUUGGCAGCACAUCGAAGGCCAAUGACCGGUUUACCAACCAAGUUUACUGAAGCAAAGGCGGGCCAGAAUUCCAAUGAAGAUGUCGAGCUCUUCGGUUUUGGAGGAAGUGGAGAUUCGGAUGAGAGAAUAAGUGACAUAUCGGAAGGCGGGCUCUCAAUGGGAACUGACACUGAUGGUUCUUCUGGUAAUGCAGCUCAAGCUGAAGCAACAAGCCCGUCUAGAAUUGCGAAUUCGGUAGAAGCCACCACCAGACCAGCUGCAGGGAUGAGACAACCAGAGAAUUAUAGUAAUACUGAAAGGCGUGGUGUUACAUAUAAGCUCCCCAAGCCAUCUCCAAAGGUGGCACAAACGAGAGUAUCUCGUUUGUCAUUGCAGAAGCCAGCUGCUCAUGCCUCAAAGUUUCAAUCAAUAGCUACGUCAACGACCCCCAGGAAACCUACGGCGACUACAGGAGGUAACUCCACAUCAGCAACCAGAUCGAUCAGGCAAACGGGGCUCAGAACUGAAAGAAGUUUCUAG